UGCUGUGACCAAGUUGAACGAAACGAAACUGUCAUGACGAACACACUGUGCUCACAGUAACUGUUAGGUAUGCCUUUUCUUUUGCACUUUGCCAUUUGAAAGUCCACACCUACUUGACCCACCCGAGAGAGCCGAAAACCUGGAGGGGAAGAAGAGUUUUAGGAGGGAAACGGAUUUAAGUUUGGAGACUCUGCGCUCCGGUGCGUAAACUGGACGGUGAUGGGAGCUGUUUUGGGGGCCUUUUCUGUCGCAAGCUGGGUGCCAUGCCUGUGCAGCAGCGCCACAUGCCUGAUGUGCCGAUGCUGCCCAACAAGCAGGAACUCCACUGUGACACGAGUCAUCUACGCCUUCAUCCUGUUGCUAGGGACCAUCGUAUCCUGCAUCAUGCUAUCCCCAGGGGUGGAUCAGCAGCUCAAAAGGAUUCCGGGCUUCUGUGAAGACGGAGCUGGCUCCUCUGUCCCCGGUCUCCAAGCUGAUGUCAACUGUGAAAUAUUCGUGGGCUACAAGGCUGUGUACAGAGUGUGCUUUGGCAUGAGCAUGUGCUUCCUUCUGUUCUCCAUCAUCAUGAUCAAUGUCAAGACCAGCAGGGACCCUCGUGCCGCCGUCCAUAACGGGUUUUGGUUCUUCAAGAUUGCUGCCAUGGUGGCAGUGACUGUUGGUGCCUUCUAUAUUCCCGAUGGGCAUUUUACUCACACAUGGUUCAUAGUGGGCACCUCUGGAGCUUUUUGCUUUAUUCUGAUCCAGCUGGUGCUGCUGGUGGACUUUGCCCACUCCUGGAAUGAGUCUUGGUGUGACAGGAUGGAGACUGGCAAUCCCAAGGGGUGGUAUGCAGCCUUGCUGGCGGUAACAGUCUUUAGCUACAUCAUGUCGUUUACUGCUGUCGUACUGUUCUUCGUGUUCUACACCAAGCCUGAGGGCUGCUUCAUCAACAAGUUCUUCAUCAGCUUCAACAUGUUACUCUGCAUCAUUGCAUCUGUGGUGUCUGUUCUUCCUAAAGUACAGGCAUCUCAAUCACGGUCAGGUCUACUCCAGUCCUCCAUCAUCACCCUGUACACCAUGUAUCUGACUUGGUCUGCCAUGACCAAUGAGCCUGACAGGACAUGUAACCCCAGCCUGCUCAGCAUCUUCCAGCAGAUUGCCGCUCCCACAGUGGCUCCUCUGGAGACAGAAAACCGGACAGCUGUGGUGAUCGUUGGUACUGAAGAGCCCACCCUAACAGCUCCAUACCUGCAGUGGUGGGACGCACAGAGCAUCAUUGGACUCACAAUCUUUGUGCUGUGCAUUCUCUACUCCAGCAUUCGUUCAUCCAACACCAGCCAGGUGAACAAGCUCACCAUGGCCUCCAAAGAUUCAGUCAUAUUGGCUGAGAGCAGCCCUAGCACCACAGACUUAUCGGAGGGGGAGAGGGGACCCAGGCGGGUGGAGGACAACGAGAAGGACAUGGUCCAGUACAGCUACUCCUUCUUCCACUUCAUGUUGUUCCUGGCCUCCCUCUACAUCAUGAUGAUGCUCACCAACUGGUACAGCCCUGAUGCAGAUUACAACUCCAUGACCAGUAAGUGGCCAACAGUGUGGGUGAAAAUUAUCUCCAGCUGGGUGUGUCUGGCCCUCUAUAUCUGGACCCUGGUGGCCCCUAUGAUCUUCACCAACCGAGACUUCAGCUGAAGUCCCUCCACUGAGCGUAGCAGUCUAUCAUUCUCACCUGUUCAGUAAUGAAUGGUUCUUUUCUUUUUAAUUUUCCACAAACACCCACCAUAUUGCCUGCAUUUUACUAUCAAAAUUGACUUAAAUGUUUUUUGAUUGCAUCAUAUCUGGUUUUACUAGCUUAACACUUUGAGCCCAUGUUUACAUGGCCCAAUGCUAUGUGGGCUGUAAGUUUUUAUUAUAACAGUUGCAUUCAUUGAUUGUAGCAACUAUGCAGUAACUGGACAUUCAAGGCCAAUCCCUUUUGUUCUAUGAAAGCACAAGAAGUUCAUGGACAUUCCUUUUUGGCUGGACCGGGUCAGCAUGCCAUCCCAACAAAUGCAAAUGUUGCUGACUGACUGACUGACUGAUGACGUUUGACACGACUGGGCUGCUGGAUCAGGUGACCAAUAUUGUCACUGAAGUUACAUGAUUGGUCGGCCGAGCACCAAGAGGCAUGAGGGAGAGUGCACAGUUAGAGCACCCCAAUUAACGAUCACUCUGACAAAACACUCACUGGCAAAUUCACAAAAGGAUUACGUUGCUUUUACAGCCACUGAACCUGCUCAAAUAAGACAAAAAGAAACCGCGUAAUUCUCAAAGCACCUGCAAAGGGUGAAAUGCACCUGUAACUGCGCUGCCAAGCAAAUAGCGUCCCGGUGCGCUGGUGCUAUUUGUACGCAUUUACAUUAGGUAGUAUGCAUACAUUUGGUGCAAAAUUGGCCCCUUUCUAUGCAAAUGAGCCUCACUGCAAAACACCAGCACUAAUAGCCAAACACAGGUAGAGUGUAAAUGAUUCGCAUCUUCAGAGCGUUGGUGGUAACUGGCACCUAGACUUUCCAGUGAUCACGGCAGCAGUGAUUGUAGCCAGGCGAAGGCAUCAUCAUGCCAGACGUGCUCGUGAGUGGAUAUUUUUGAAGGAGAAUAUCACUUUUUGAUUUAACUGAGACCGAAAUCAUUCCCAGGUCAAACAGUUCUUGCUAUACUUGAUGACAUCAAGGAUGACAUUGAGCCUGCCUACUGUGUUCUUGGCGCAAAGCCACUAUUUGUACUUUGCCACAUGGUUAAUUGCAAUCGGACCCAAAACAAGGGCAAAUUAUCUCGGCUGCAAAACUUUAUGGGCAUGUUUGUGUUGUAAUAUCAUUAGCGCAAUAUUGUUUGUGAAUCGGACCUUGAGACGGGGCAGAUAGUGGUUGCAAGCGAUGAGCAAUUCAUGAUGCUCUCAGCAGCUGCGAUCCAUUCUUUGUGAGUUCGCCCGUCAAUACAGAGUGAGUCUUGGAAAAACAUCUGCAGAUAGAAACAAAUGAAAGAGGGGGAGUUAAAAGAUAAUUAGAAUAGGUAUACUUACAAUCAAAUUAAGUUCUCUUUCAAAUCAAACAUCCCAAGAUAUGAGUGGAAAGUAUUGUUCUUGCAACUGCAUUUAUAGCCUUUUUUUUAUUUGAACAUAGCUUAACCAUGUCAUGCGAUAUGCUACUUCAGUACACUGUAACAACAAAUAUUACUGGGACCACUGCAUAAAAUUGCAGAUGAACAUUUAAUAUCCAGGAAUUCACAUUAUAGACACUACCACUGACUAUCUCUCUAACAAACUGGCCACAGUUUUGAACAUUGACCAUACACGGUCCAGCCAUAAUACUAGAUUUUGACCGAGUCUUGUUUGAUAAUGUCUGUAAACAAAGUUUUAUCACAAAUUUCGGGGUCAAACCUAAUGAUUAAAAUGAAGUAUAACAUACUCUUCUUCAUACUCUGAACAAAUUAAAGCAAUUUGUUUUGUCUACUCCAACAGUUUGUAAUAAUACAGAAAAUACAUUAUUCACAUUCCGUAACAGGAAAAACAUAAAUACAGCUUAAUUUUUUCUAAAAUACAUUUUCCUGCUUUAAAUAUUGCAAGAUAUUAUAUACAGGCCUUUUAUUGUUUGCUUUAAAAAUUAAGUAUUACAUAUAUUUAUAUGACAAUAGCACUUGUGAUAACUGUUAAUUUUGUAGUUAAGCCAUUACUUUGUGCUAUAUGUCAUGAUAGUUCGCUGCUAUGCCUUUCAAUGCCUUAAUCUGUGAAUGGGCAACUUUACCAAAUGAAUUUAGAACAAUUCUAGACAUGGUUGUAGUAUUAUCAGUGUUUGUCCGAAAUGACAUUUCUGAAAUAUAAUUCAAUAUAAGCUAAGUUUCUGCCAAAUAUUUUUUGCACUUAAGAUGUUUAAUAUAUUUUUGUCUUUGAGAUGUAAUGUUAUUUUAGGAUUUAGAAUGAAUCUGUACUCAAGAACAGAUAUAAACAUACUGCCAAGAAUUCAAAAAAUGUACAAUAAAAAUAUGAUUAAACCUAAGAUGUGUGAAUAUUAGUUGAAAUACUCUGCACACCAUUCCACAGUUUCAAAUAUGAAUUUUUUUUUAAUAUGCAUAUGUAUCCAACCCUAACAUUGUUAUUUGGAAUAUAUGACAUCAUUAUUUGAACAUUUAAAUGUUUAAGGAUAGCACCUUUUUGGAAUUUUAAGCGACACAAAUAUCAACUAAAUGCCUUGUAAGCCAUCCAGGUAUACUAUAGUUAAAAUGUACCCAGCAAGAUGUGAGGACGACUGAUCUUAUCUUGUCAAAGGCCCGACAGUUUCUAUUUCACCCAAAAUGCUCUGUCAUGAAAAUUAAAGAUGGAAAUUUGA